UCGUGGCGUGAGGACGUUAUAUGUGUACGCUCCGAUACGAAAACUUUCCUCGAGUGUACGGUGUAAACAUUCAUGGAUUAACCUUAUUCGCGUGUCAAUUUGACUCUACAGUGUAAAUUCCGUGAUUGUGUGUUGAACUCUAUUGGAUUUUAUAACCCUUGUGUUUACACGAAGGAAAAACUAAAUAAGAUCUCCCUGUGUGAUGUCCGAGUGACAUUUGUACGAUGAUCCGUGAUCCGCCUGCAAUGCACAAAACUGAUAAUACUCCAAGCCAACAAGACGAAAAUAAAUAUGGCCUCAAUAGCAGUGUCGUGGGCAACACUGGCGGUGCCAGACUGUGUGCCCAAUGCGGGAAGGUCAUCACUGAAAGAUUCCUUUUAAAAGCCAUGGAGAGGUUUUGGCACGAAGACUGUCUCAAAUGUGGAUGCUGCGACUGUCGUCUUGGCGAAGUCGGCUCCAAGUUGUAUUAUAAAGCUGAUCUCAUGCUGUGCAAAAGAGAUUAUCUUAGGUUAUUCGGUGCCACUGGCAAUUGUGUGGCGUGUAAUAAAGUAAUUCCCGCCUUUGAAAUGGUUAUGCGAGCAAAGAGUUUCGUUUACCAUUUAGAGUGUUUCGCCUGUCAACAGUGCAAUCACAGGUUCUGCGUUGGUGACAGAUUUUACUUAUGCGACAACAAAAUACUGUGCGAGUAUGAUUACGAAGAGCGACUGGUUUUUGCCAGCAUGGCUGCUAAUCCCACUGGUUUAGCUCACAUCCGGAGGCAAGUCAGCGGCCUACAGUCACCGAGCGGAGGAUAUGUAGGUGGCGCGGCCUGCGCGGGAAAUCCCGCGGCGUUGGUGGAAAAGGAUAACGGGGGCUGCGCGGGCGCAGACGACGCGUCGAGCGGGUACGGAAGCCCGCCAGACCCUGAUGUGUGUGAUGCGGCGCGAUGACCGACAAUGCCGCGCCGACAUCUUACCUCGGUAAAACCGCACUGAGAGGUUGCAGGGCGGCGCAUGAACGACAUUCAAAGGGAAUCAUUACAAUUAUAAAUAAUUUAUGAAAAAUCUCACAGCUUUACAUUUAUUUUGUAGUUCGUAUUUAAAUUAAAAACAGUUCUUAACCCACGCUCAAACCUUCUCAGCUCAUUGAAUAAUUUAGGGUAGGAUCGGAAUGAUUGGUUCCGGGGCUGAUUCCGACCUAUAGAUAAUACUGCGUUGGAAUCGGGAUGAUUCCGGGGCUGAUUCCGAACCAUUGAAAAUACUGCGUUGGAAUCGGAAUGAUACCGGGGCUGAUUCCAAUCUAUUGAAAAUACUGCGUUAGGAUCGGAAUGAUUCCGGGGCUGAUUCCGACCUAUAGAUAAUACUGCGUUUGAAUCGGAAUGAUACCGGGGCUGAUUCCAAUCUAUUGAAAAUACUGCGUUAGGAUCGGAAUGAUUCCGGUGCUGAUUCCAACCCAUUGGUGAUACUGCUUUUUAAUCGGAAUGAUUCCGGGGCUGAUUGCAAUCAAUUGAAAAUACUGCGUUUGAAUGAGAAUGAUUCCGGAGCUGAUUCCCACCUAUUGAAAAUAUUGUAUAUAAAUCGGAAUGAUUUCAGGGCUGAUUCCGACCCAUUGAAAAUUAUGCGUUCGAAUCGAAUAAUUAUUCCAGUAGUAAGUACGUAAUUCCAAUUCUGACAGCCUUAUGUUGAAUGUAGAAGUGGUUCUUCAACAACGUCAUUGGAAUCGCCUCAGUGGUACUUCGUAUAUUGAGUCAAAAAUUGGGAAUAGCCCUGCUGGUAGGUUCCUAAUAACUGCUGAAUUUAGGAUUAUUUUCGGUUGAAGUUAAAUUUUAAACUGUUUUUAAUUUAGAUAUAUAGAAAUUGACAUUUCAAAGUAGAAAUUGAGUUGAUGAAGAUGGCCACGGUAAGAACCGGCUUGCAAAAAGCUUAGUGUUUCACCAACAUGCAUUAAAAGCAUCGCAGAGGUACUGUCAGCAACGGCAAUAUUACAUUAAUAAAAUUACGAUUUAAUUUGUUUUCUACCAAAAAUACCAUAGAAGCAGGUCAGAAUUUAUAUAUGGCCAUAAAAUAACAUAUUUGUUCAUCUGACAUAUUUUAUUUAUCUAUUAAAGUACAUCAUAUGUAAUGCAUUUUCUACAGUAUACGUUACAAUCUAUCUAAAAUACAUCUUACAUCAAUCGAAUCAUAAAGUAAUGUUUUUGUUAUUAUAACUUCUGGGGGAUUCUGAUGGACCCAGUCAAAAAUCUAUUAAAUUGGACAUACGAAAGCUUAAGUUCGCGCGAAACUCAACCAUGGUAACUAGCACUAUGAUUGUCAUUAAAAAUAAGUAUUGUUAGUCCACGAUACAAAAAAGUUUUGAGUAACAAAAAGGUUACAUAAAAAUGCCUUUGCUGAUAGUACAACGGGCCAUGAAUGCGGCCACUUUACAAAGUGUCCGGGAUGAGACGCGAUAACGUUGUCAGAACACGAUAUUUCCAUUAUGUAUACGAUUUGAGUCCAAGAAGCUUCGUGUGGGACGGCCUAGUGCUAAUUGUAUUUUAGGCUCGUGUCCACAGACUCCACUGUCAUAGAUUGUCUUUUGUUUUGUUUUAUAAAAUAGGUUUUAUAUAAGUUUCAUACAACGAGUCAGGUCCACAUGUAAUUGAUAAAAUCGAUCUCAUUGUUAUGAAAUUAUUCUGUUCUAUUCAAAGUUAAUGGUAGCGCGGUAUAAAUUCGAAAUUCAAAAAAAAAACUUGUUCGGAUGAGUACAACCGACCACUUUGUUUUGUUCGAAAUCGUGCAAUGGACAAUGACAACGAUGUUCGAAUUUCAAAAUGAGUUCGAAUUUUGAAAUUAAUAGAAUUACAUACAGUGGUGAACGCCAUUGACUUUGAAAAGCACACAUCGUUGUUAUCAUACAAGGUAUGAACUUUGAUUAUUUUGUUUCGAUAUGAAUUGGUUUGUAGAUAUGUUGUUUUUGCCAAAGAUGAUCCUUGCGAGGAUUUUUGUCUUGAUUAAAGAUUAUGUUGUAACCUGAAUAGGUUAACGUGGUGCAAUGGUCGUAGUUGUAUAAUAUAAAUUUAGAAUGUACAAUAUUAUAAAUAAGAUUAUGUUUUGUUUACGCCAUCGCUUUAGUAAUGCGUCCACACGCCCUCUGGAUAGCAAGCUGAAUUUAGAUUAAAAUUAUAAUGAAAUUUAUGUACACCAGAUCAAAUAAUUUAAUAUCGAACCUGUAGUAAUGCAGUAUGCUUUACAAAUAUAUCACAAAAAUAGAGCUACUGUUUUUUGACUUCUGAAAUAGUGUAUUUAGAGCAGUGAUUCCCAAUGUGGAGCAAUUUGAUUAUACCAAAUGGCAAUUAUAAUAGAUGACGUCUUUAAUUAUGUGUUGAAAAUUUACUUACUGUGUUUUAACAAUUUCCUAAUGAUUUCUUAAACCUAUCACUUAAGGUUCUUAAUUGAACAAUAUUAUUUGUAAUAUUAAAAAUUAUGUAUGUUACGUAGGAAGAAAUAUAUGAAUUUUAAAACGGCUUAGGCAUGGCAUGAAUAAAGUUGGAAAAUACAGAUUUUGAGUGUAUCCUUCCUCGCGGAGUCCAAAUACUAACUCUGCUUCUGAAUAUCCAGUUGCCAAAGUCGAGUUGAUAAAACAUCAGAGGAAAAUGUACAAUUCGUUCGUUGCUUUGGACUUCAGGUUUAAAAUACUCAGAGAUCAUUAAAGAAAAGAUCAUUAAACAUUAAUACAUUGUCAAGUUUGACAAUAUACACACUGACUUCUCACAUUUUGACAAUUUACUUAAUGUAUUAUCAGCCUCUAUUCAGCGUACGUGUGGUGUAAUAAAAUGUUAUAACUGACAGCUAUGUCAUGUAUUAUAGAUAAUAGUUAAUGCAAAUCUUCGAAAGUGCACUUCGUUCGUUAAAUGCAUGAGAAAUGUACUUGGCAAUUGACAUUGAGUGCACUUUGAUGAUUUAAAUACAAAUGAGAACUAGGGCGUGGUUAUAUGAAUUGAGAAGUCAUUAGGAACACUCUAUAUUGGGACAGUUUGUAGUAUUAUUGUGAAAGUAUCCGUACCAUCCGUAUCACCUCGACGUCCGUCGUUCCGCAACUGAGCGUUUUCUAAGGCAGUUUUUGUCGCGCACCACCACUAUGUGGAACCUGCCACUGAAGUAUUUCCGAACCAAUUCGACUUA